ACUGCAACCUCUGCACCUGGAGCACUCUAUCAUUCCAGAAAACUGAUAAGAGAAGUUCCUUGUGUCAUAUGCCUUUACCGCCUAACUGAAAGUGUAUUCUUUUCUCAAUUUCUGAAAAUGGACAGAAAACCUUCGAGUAGCUCGUCAACAGGUCCACCUGCACCAGUUAUCCAACGAAAAACUCGAGACUCCGACCUAUGCUUGACAUCUGAUAUUCCGAAAAUUCCCCCCAACUGUAUUGACGAACUGAAUAGCCAUUUUCUUGGGAAGGGAACUUUUGGUGUUGUGGAGAAGACAAAGUAUCGGAAAACUAGAGAUGAUACUUAUAGACCAGCAGCCAUCAAAUACGCAUCUGCAACACAUUUGUCAAUUCUGAAAAGAGAGGCCAAACACAUGUGGAACCUGCGGAAUCACGUCAAUAUCAUAAAAAUCUAUGGAAUGUACGAAAGUCAUCGCAACGGCCAAGGCCUCGUCAUGGAGUAUAUGGAUUGUGGAUGUGUGGCCGAUUUGAUCUACGAUCGGAAAAAUAUCGAAUACAAAAUGGACCACGUGGCUUCAUGGAUGUACCAAUUGUCCUCUGCAGUAAACUUUUUCCACUCCAAAGAUCAAAUUCACAGAGAUUUGAAACUGCAAAAUAUGCUCCUUUCCCACCAUCAUCGAACUUUGAAAAUCUGUGAUUUUGGAACCUUCACAUCAAUUCACCAAUCAAUGACGUCAAAUCGCGGAAGCCCCAUCACAAUGGCUCCGGAAAUCUUUCGAUGUGAGCCGUACAACAUGAAAGCUGACAUUUUCAGUAUCGGAAUCAUCAUGUGGCAAAUGAUUGCCAGAGAUCACCCGUACACAAUGAAUAUGCCAAUUACACCGUUUUUGUACAAUGUUGCCACCAGAAAUUUACGUCCUCACGAGAUUGAGUGCAAUCCGAUUUUGUCGAAUUUUUAUAAGAGGUGUUGGAGUGAUAAUCCAGCCAGUAGACCGACAUCUGCAGAUUGUGUAGAGUAUUUCAGGUGUCUGAGAAGUGAGUACCCAAAUGGAAAUGUCCCCCUAUGGGAUCCGGCCUCCGGUGCAUCAAAUACUGUCAAAAUCCCCAAGUCUCAGCCAGGAGGACGUUCUCCAUUGCCUCUACCCAAAACAGAGAUAACUCCAGAUGUAAAACCUAAAGAAGUUGCCCCAGCAAAAGUUCAGGAAACGCCAGCACUUCUUCCAGAUACCCUAAAAGUACCUAAAGUAGAACGCCAAAUUAGCAAUGAGGAAGAGAAACAGAAAAUUUUUAUGACAGCUCUUUCGAAUGAGGAUACGAGGCCAAUUGAUCCAAAUGAGGGGGAUGAAAGUUCACUUGAGCUCUACCAUCAACAUUGUCUGGUCAAUCUGAAUUAUGCCGAAGUUUUGUUAGCCAAGAAGGAGGCGAUAAAUGAAAAACACAAAUUGGUCCAAAAGUGGGCAGAACACGAACGAACUUUGGAACUUCUCGAACGUAUCGCUUGCCUGGAGCAAGAGAUUGCUUACCAAGAAUGCAAUAAUGCAAAAGAAAAAUCGAGUUUUUCUGUGAGAAUGUGACUGAUAAAUUAAAUUUUUACUUUUUUUUUCAAGCUAUGUAUAUGAAUUUUGUUCUUUGUUCUGAUGGAAAUUAUCAUCUUGAUGUUUAUUAGUUUUUUAACUUCUUUCUAAAAUAGUUUUCUGUUCGAAAUUUUCUGUCUGAAACUCAUAAAUGUUAUUCGAGCAUGC